AUGGGGAAAGACCAGGAACUGCUGGAAGCUGCUCGCACUGGGAAUGUGGCUCUGGUGGAGAAACUCCUCUCUGGGAGGAAAGGAGGGAUCCUGGGCAGUGGAUCUGGAGCUAUUCCCUUAUCCAGCUUACUGAGCAUCUGGCGAGGACCAAAUAUAAACUGCACGGACAGUUCAGGUUAUACUGCUUUACAUCAUGCAGCUUUAAACGGACACAAGGAUAUAGUUCUCAAAUUACUUCAGUAUGAAGCAUCAACUAAUGUGGCAGAUAAUAAAGGUUAUUUCCCUAUACACUUGGCUGCUUGGAGAGGAGAUGUCGACAUUGUGAAGAUUCUCAUCCAUCAUGGGCCAUCACACUCCAGAGUGAAUGAACAGAACAAUGAAAAUGAAACAGCACUGCAUUGUGCAGCUCAAUAUGGUCAUUCAGAAGUAGUUGCUGUUCUGUUAGAAGAGCUAACAGACCCUACAAUAAGGAACAACAAACUAGAAACACCUCUGGAUCUGGCAGCACUUUAUGGACGUCUGCGUGUUGUAAAAAUGAUCAUCAAAGCAUAUCCAAACCUGAUGAACUGUAAUACAAGAAAACACACUCCUUUGCAUCUUGCUGCACGUAAUGGCCACAAAGCUGUUGUACAGGUGCUUCUGGAGGCUGGAAUGGAUGUCAGCUGCCAAACAGAAAAAGGGAGCGCACUACACGAAGCAGCCCUAUUUGGAAAGGUGGAGGUAGUACGCAUUUUGCUUGAAACAGGAAUUGAUACCAACAUAAAGGACAGUUUGGGUAGAACAGUUUUGGAUAUUCUUAAAGAACAUCCAUCUCAGCAGUCACUCCAAAUUGCAGCUCUACUUCAAGAAUAUAUGGAAACAGGAAAUGCAAGUAUUUCAGAGGAACGCCCACUGGAAUGCGCAGAACAUCAGUCUUGCAUUUUGUCCCCAGAAGUUCCUCCGUCUCCAAAGGCUAAAAGUGAAGCUGUGACUGGAGAAUUAUCAAAGCUCUUAGAUGAAAUCAAAUUGUGCCAAGAAAAGGAAUACUCUUUUGAAGAUCUGUCUCAUACAAUAUCAGACCAUUAUCUGGACAAUUUUAGUAAACUAUCAGAGGAAGAACUUAUGACCAGUGGAAGCCAAACCAAGCUUAAUGUAAGGCCUUCUUCAACGUGUUUAGCACCAAGAGAGGAAGAAGAUGAUGAUGCAGGUGAAAAUACUUGUGGUCCUUCAGGUUUAUGGGAGGCAUUGACACCUUGUAAUGGAUGCAGGAACCUCGGAUUUCCCAUGCUUGCACAGGAAUCUUAUUCAAAGAAGAGAGGUUAUGCAUUGGAAGCAAUACCCUCUGUACCUCUGGAUGCAGUUCCUUCAGAAAAUGACAGCAGUCUUUGUGAUUCGAUAGACAUAGCAGUGACCAAAAAACCUUGUUCCCUAGAGAUAGCAAGAGUUCCUUCCUCAAGACCAGAUAAUGCACCUCAGGUAGCAGUUACUGCACCAGGAUCUGGUAACCAUAGAAACAGCUCUACAGGCCCAACACCUGACUGCUCUCCUCCAUCACCAGACACUGCACUUAAAAACAUAGUGAAAGUUAUACGUCCUCAGCCCAAGCAGCGCACAUCAAUAGUAUCUUCUCUGGAAUUUCACCGAAUGAAUCACAGCCACAAUUAUUUUGAAAUCAACUCAACCAUUGGCUGUACAAGUUUUAUUUCUACUCCUGCAAUCAGUCCAGCUAAUUAUUCCUUUGGAUCUCUGGAAUACAGUGUUGAAGAGAGAGAACUUCCAGAGCGUCUUUGCCAGGGAGAAACAUCCACUGAAAGUGAGCUUCCUGAAGGACACCCUGCUGAACAGUUUGCAGGUUUACUUCAUGGAUCAUCACCUGUGUGUGACCCACCUGAUAAUCCACUCCAGCUGUACAGCAAAGCAAACCAGUGCGGUGGUCCACUAGAGGAAAGCAUUUUGAGCAAGAGUACUGUGCAGCAGAUACAGCUACGGAAAGAAAGCAACACUGAUCCUCCUGUUAAGAAAAAAAAGCCACCAGUUGUAAACAGAACCAUAUUUCAUACUAAAACUAAACCAGUAGAAAAUCGUACAUUGGUUGGUACGUCAACAAGGAUAAGUGAACAAUGGGUAAUUACCACUGGGGGAUUUGUGGAGCGAGCAUGCACACUUGGGAGAAUACGAUCUUUACCAAAGACUUUGCUUGAAAUGCAUUUGUGCAAAAAUGUUUCGAAAUCUGAUUCUAAUCUUAUCACCCAUCCACCAAAUGACAAAAAAGCAAGAAGCAACUGGAGUGAACCCACACCAAACCAACAGCGCUCCAAAGGGAAUUCGGAGAGAACACCUUCCUUCACAUCAGAAUGGGAGGAAAUUGAUAAAAUCAUGAGUUCAAUAGAUGCUGGAAUUAAUACUGGACUCGGGGAGAUGAACGAUCACACUACAAGACCCCGAUGCCCUGUCCAGACAGUGGGACAAUGGUUGGAAAAUAUUGGGCUACCUCAGUAUGAAAACCACUUGCUGGCUAAUGGAUUUGACAAUGUGCAAUUCAUGGGAAGCAAUGUAAUGGAAGACCAGGAUCUCUUGGAAAUAGGAAUCCUUAACUCUGGACACAGACAGAGAAUACUCCAAGCAAUCCAGCUUCUCCCAAAGAUGAAGCAGAUCGGUCACGAUGGCUACAACCCCACCUCUGUAGCUGAAUGGCUGGAUUCCAUUGAACUGGGUGACUAUACCAAAUCCUUUCUAAUUAAUGGCUAUACAUCGAUGGACCUUGUGAAAAAAAUCUGGGAGAUUGAAUUAAUUAAUGUCUUAAAAAUUAGCUUGGUUGGCCACCGGAAGCGCGUUCUGGCAUCUUUGGGAGACAGGCUUCACGAAGAUCCUCCUCAGAAACCACCUCGGUCAAUAACCCUCAGGGAACCCAGCGGUAACCACACUCCUCCUCAGUUGUCUCCAUCACUUAGCCAAAGCACUUUCACUACUGGUGGCUCCCUGGACGUUCCCCACAUUAUCAUGCAGGGCGAUGCAAGGAGAAGAAGAAAUGAAAACUACUUUGAUGAUAUUCCCCGGUCAAAGCUGGAGAGGCAGAUGGCACAGCAGUCCUCUGUCUGUGAGAUCUGGACCAACCAGAAUGCAGGAUAUCCUUUCUCAUCGAUUCAUCAGGUUCAUAAUACAGGAGACUGGGGCGAGCCUUCAAUUACCUUGCGACCUCCAAAUGAAGCCACAGCAUCAACGCCUGUACAAUAUUGGCAACAUCAUCCAGAGAAACUCAUCUUCCAGUCAUGCGAUUAUAAAGCAUUUUAUUUAGGUUCUAUGCUGGUAAAAGAGUUAAGAGGCACAGAGUCAACACAGGAUGCGUGUGCAAAGAUGAGGAAGUCUACAGAACAAAUGAAGAAAGUACCAACCAUUGUCCUGUCUGUUUCUUACAAGGGAGUCAAAUUUAUUGAUGCCACAAAUAAGAAUAUCAUUGCUGAACAUGAAAUCCGUAACAUUUCCUGCGCUGCACAAGACCCUGAAGACCUUUCUACAUUUGCGUACAUCACUAAAGACUUGAAGACUAAUCACCACUACUGCCAUGUAUUCACUGCGUUUGAUGUGAAUUUAGCUUAUGAAAUCAUUCUUACACUAGGACAAGCAUUUGAGGUGGCCUAUCAGCUUGCACUACAAGCACGAAAAGGGGGCCAUUCUUCAACCCUCCCAGAAAGCUUUGAAAAUAAACCCUCCAAACCUAUUCCCAAACCACGUGUUAGUAUUCGGAAGUCAGUGCAGAUAGAUCCAUCUGAACAAAAGACUCUUGCGAAUCUACCAUGGAUUGUUGAACCUGGACAAGAAGCCAAAAGAGGCAUUAAUACCAAGUAUGAAACUACAAUUUUCUGAUACAAAACUGUCCCCCUGUUCCUUGUUGUGCCUUGCACGCCAAGCAGUCACAGCACAGCCUUUCCUUUAUGGCAACGUUUAAAUCCAGCAGAGAGGAAGACUGCACUGUAUGAGUGGCCUUGUAACUAACAAAAAAAGGCUGACAGUCAUUUCUGGUGAUCUUCUUCCUGCAGCACUGACAGAAGAAUGACACUAUAUGAAGACUUUUAAAAUUACAGUCCACAAGAGGAGUGAGAAUCCUUAUUUUUCACGCAGUUCUCCCUUGUGACUCUGCCACAGUGCUUUCUUUGAUUUCUUAUUUUAGAAUUCUACUUUUUAAGAAAAAAAAAACAAAAGGUCUCUAAACUAACACUAAUGCUGCCUACGAGUAGAAUAUUUGAUUGCUUUUUAUUUAAAUCUUGGCAGUUUUUAAUUGAAAUAGAACCAGAAUUAAUAAAUAGAGUAUUUGUGAAACCACUGAAUUCAUUAAUAAUAACUGUAUUGAAUAAAGAACUCA